AUGCACAGCGCCACAGUCGCCUCUCUCGGUCUGCAGAGGAUUUCUACGGGAUUCCAGCGUGUGGCGCGGUGUUUGACCCGUGGGCCCUGCGUGCAUGAGCGGCUCGAGGCGAUUCCCGCAUGUCAUGAACCUGCCUAUGCGGCUUUGGGGACAUGUGCCUGCACGGCACAUCCCCGAAACCGCAUAUGGAGAGUGUACUGCACCACAGGCCAGGGAGGAUUCUCAACAGCGGCAGGGGACAAACUGCACUGCACUACGAGUCAAAGAAGAUUCUCAGCAAUGGCAGAUACCUCAGAGCAAGGGUCUGCCGGGAGCAAGUCUGAAGAAAGCGCAGAGCAAAUGCAGGUGAACCGCUUACUGCAGCGUUAUCGGAUGCUUCGGCCUGAAGAUCGCAUGCGGCUUAUUGAAGAACAUGCAAAGGCGGGCCGCAGCUCGAUGACUGGCUGGCGACAGUUUCGUGCGAAAGGCAUGGAUGACGAACUCCAGUCUUGGGAAGCAGACAAGCGAAAACGAGAGGAGCAACAUGAGCGGGUGCUGCGGCUGAGAGAGAUCCACAAACCAGCCCACUUGCGGAGGCGCAAGCGAAAACUCAAGCGGGUUCAGCAAUCAGAGCAGCAAACGCCUCCAGUAGUUCGUCCCACGCUUACGAAUGAGCUUACGGACUUCGAUAAUCCAUACAUGUUGAAGAGAGAAGCAAUCAGGAGGCUGCUGGAGGAACGUGGAGCGCGGAAUGCGCUUGAUGAAUCAAUGAUUGACGACUACUUGGAUAGGCGCCCUGACUUGGCGAAGCUACGACUUUGUGCAAAACUCCCGCCGGAGGUCGUUGAACCAUUGGCAGCAUUCCACGGCCUGACGAACUACAACUUCGACAAACGUAUCCGUUUGCAACAGAAAGUUAAUGCAAUGUUCAGAGCUGUCGACGCUGCUGAUUCCGAAUUGGACAAGGUACUGGGGAACCUGGAGGAGAAUCAGCGCUCUGACAUGAAGCACGAGCUACAUCCGUUUCGAAACCACUUCGGCUUCGUGUCUGCCGUCCCAACGGGUACUGUAGGCUCCAUAACAAUGGGGCGCGAGGAGAGCGGUACGGACAAGGAGCUCAGGAAGAUUCGCUACCCUACGCUGCAGCGAGUGGCGCACACCCUCCCGAAGGAUCCGAAAUAUCGUGCUAUAGUUGCUCAUGCUAUUCGUGUCCUUGAGCGAUCGCGGGGCUGGGAUUUCCAGGAUAAAGUGAAAGCAAUAAACACAUUGGUUGAAGUCUACAACCACCUGCCGCCCAGCGCAACGUACGAGCGCAAACUGGAUGAAGCGUUUCCGGUCUUUAGGUAA